UUUUUUUUUCUUUCCAGUGUGGUAACUAUAUAUGUGUGUUUUUUUCUUUUUUCUUUUUUUGGUUCCCUCCGGAGGGAGGGAGAUGCUCACGGGAGUUUGCUGUGUUCUGUUCCCACCCCUGCCGCAGGUCCCCCUCCCCCGAGCCGAUCUACAACAGCGAAGGCAAGAGGCUGAACACACGAGAGUACCGCACCCGCAAGAAGCUGGAGGAGGAACGGCACACCCUCAUCACCGAGAUGGUGGGGCUCAACCCCGAGUUCAAACCACCUUCUGACUACAAGCCACCAGCCAGUAGGGUCAACGACAAAAUAAUGAUCCCUCAGGAUGAGUACCCAGAGAUCAAUUUCGUCGGCUUGCUCAUUGGACCACGUGGUAACACCCUGAAAAAUAUCGAGAAGGAGUGCAACGCGAAGAUCAUGAUUCGUGGGAAGGGCUCUGUCAAGGAGGGCAAAGUGGGCCGUAAAGACGGACAGAUCUCAGCCGGAGAAGAUGAGCCUCUGCACGCUCUGGUGACCGCUAACACCAUGGAGAACGUGAAGAAGGCCGUGGAGCAGAUCAGGAACAUCCUGAAGCAGGGUAUCGAAACGCCAGAGGACCAGAACGACCUGCGCAAGAUGCAGCUUCGCGAGCUUGCCAGGCUGAACGGCACGCUCCGAGAGGACGACAACCGGGUCCUGCGGCCCUGGCAGAACUCGGAGCCACGCAGCAUCACCAACACCACCGUCUGCAUCAAGUGCGGAGGCGCCGGACACAUCUCCUCCGACUGCAAGUUCACCAGCUCCUUCGCCCCCCGAGCAGGCGAGCCACAGUCAGCUCAGGAUAAAGCACGAAUGGAUAAAGAGUAUCUGUCCCUCAUGGCGGAGCUGGGCGAGGCCCCCGUCCCCUCGUCCACUGGGGGAUCUUCCCGUAGUAACCCCAGCGGCCCACGGGGGUCAGGACCCAGCAACAACCAGCCCCCUCCGAAUCGCCCCCCCUGGAUGAACAGUGGCCCUUCAGACAGCAGGCACUUUCCCAGCAUGCACGGCGGCCCAAGCAAUCAUGGGGGCCACCACAACUUCCCCCCUCCCAUGCCCAGCAUGGGGGGGAUUCCCAUGCCGCCCAGUCACAAUGGGCCGCCCCCGCCCUGGAUGCAGCCACCCCCACCCCCGAUGAAUCAGGGGCCCGGGCCGCAAGGACACCCUCCUAUGGGUGACAGUUACUACGGUGUUUCCUCUGACCUACCUAUAGGUAUGAUGCCUCCGCCCAUGGGUAUGAUGCCUCCGCCCCCGCCCCCUCCCAGCGGCCAGCCCCCCCACCCCCCAUCCGCCCCCAUGCCCCCCUGGCAGCCACAGGCGCCCCCACCUCCCCCAACGAGCAGCAUGGUGACCAGUGCGCCGUUGCCGUGGCAGCAGAAUACCACCACCACCUCCAGUCCAGGCUCUGGCAACCUGCCUCCAUGGCAACAGCAGCAGUCUGCAGGUGGGGCAUCUGCCCAGCCCCCACCCCCCAUGGGCAGCUCGUCUUUAGUGCCCCCUCCGCCUGGGGUCAACCCCCCGUUGCCGCCUGGUGCCCCGCCUCCCCCCCCUCCACCUCCCCCACCGGGAUCUGCCGGCAUGAUGUACGCCCCGCCCCCCCCUCCGCCUCCCAUGGAUCCCUCCAACUUUGUCAACAUGAUGGGCAUGGGGGUGCCAGGCAUGCCCCCAUUCGGCAUGCCCCCGGCCCCCCCUCCGCCGCCCCCCCAAACUUGAUUCCACACACCGUACGAGGCAUAUUAAUCUCCUCCCAUUAGUCUUGUAUAGUCUGUACACAGACCGAAGGACUAUAUAAUUUCACAAGUCUUUCAUAGGUUUAUAGUUUAUGGUUUUAUGUACAUGUCAUUGACAGAGUUUAAUUUAAAGGGAAACGCCAUUUGGAAAAAUACCGGGAUGAUUUUGGGAGCUUAGAGCCUGCAGUUAACGUAGAUUCCUCAGUGGCAAUAUCCUGUUUGAUCCAGUUUGGUCUCUGACCCUUCAAUAUCCACAAAGUGGAAGUGUUUGCCAGGUCUGUUUUUCACCUACUGGCGACCAAGACGUUUGCUUAAAAAUUGUAGCCCAAGUGCUGUUUGGUUUCCCCUAAGGAAGUGUUUUUGUAAAAUGCAAAAGAUUUUAAAAAUUCUAGUUCGCAGCCUGCUUCCUUUCACCAGUGCCACCUCAGUGUUUGUGUUAAGCGUCUAGAUGGAUUGAGUGACACUGAGCAAUUCCUGCUGCACACGGAUCUGCUCAUUUUUGAGGCGGUCUGGAGCGGGUAGGAACUCGUAUCUGUUGUCUAAUAUUGAGAAUCUACAGCAUCAUUGCAUAUGAUGGACGUGCAGCAUCAUCCACAAAUGAUCAAACUGCUUGACGUUUACUGUGGUCAGAAUCAGUUAAUGCAGGCACCAAGCCAGACCAGUAAUUUUAGAAUAUGCCAAAACGGUAAAUGCUUUGCAGGGAAAUGCUCCCCACUUUUUAUUUUGUGGAAGACUGAGUUGUAAAUCGACUUGAUGUUAAGUUUCAGAACCCAGCCCUCUGUUAAAAUGCAUAUAUAUAUUAUAUAUAUCUUGUCUGAUUGCGAUUCUCCUCAUAUGGCUGUACUGUGAACGAUCCCCAUUGUUUCGUGCAGGCCGUACGAUCUCAUAGUCUCUGCAUUCAUGUCUUUUACGCUUUUUAAUUAUCAGUUUGUUUCCGUCAAGUCAUCCAGUUUGGGCAAAGUUUUUAGGCUUUUUGGUUUUUUUUUUUG